AUGACUUCCACCGGCAACUUUGAGCUCUUCUGCCUCGAGAACCCCCUGCUGGACAUCCAGGGUGAAGGCGAUGCCGCCCUCCUCGAGAAGUACGGCCUGAAGGCCAACGACGCCAUCCUGGCCGAGGAGAAGCACAUGGGCCUCUACGAGGAGCUGCUCCAGAACCACAACGCUAAGCUCAUCGCUGGUGGUGCUGCCCAGAACACGGCCCGCGGCGCUCAGUACAUUCUUCCCCCCAACUCCGCCGUCUACGUCGGAGGCGUCGGCAAGGACAAGUACGCCGAGACCCUGAAGGAUGCCGUCAAGCAGGUCGGCCUGCGCGUCGAGUACCGCUACGAUGAGGAGCAGCCGACGGGUCGCUGCGGUGUCAUCAUCACCGGCCACGACCGGAGCAUGUGCACCGACCUGGCUGCCGCCAACUGCUACAAGAUUGAGCACCUGAAGUCGCCGGAGAUCUGGAAGCUCGUCGAGCAGGCCAAGGUCUACUAUGUCGGUGGUUACCACUUGACCGUCUGCGUGCCGGCCAUCAUGGCCCUGGCUGAGGAGGCUGCUGCCAAGGACAAGAUCUUCGUUCUUUCCCUCUCCGCCCCCUUCAUCCCCCAGUUUUUCAAGGACCAGCUCGACCAGACCGCGCCCUACUGGGAUUACGUUAUUGGCAACGAGACGGAGGCUCUUUCUUACGCCGAGUCGCACGGCUUCAAUACCAAGGACAUCACCGAGAUCGCCAAGCGCAUGGCUGCGCUUCCCAAGGCCAACAAGAACCGUCCCCGCACCGUCAUCAUCACGCAGGGCACCGACCCGACGAUCGUGGCUGUGGCCAAGGAGGGCGGCGACGCCGAGGUCUCAUCCUUCCCCGUCCACGCCAUCGACAAGUCGCUCAUCAACGACACCAACGGUGCCGGUGACGCUUUCGCUGGUGGUUUCCUCGCCGGUAUUGUCCAGGGCAAGGACCUACGCACCAACGUCGACAUGGGCCAGUGGCUCGCCAAGCUCAGCAUCCAGGAGCUCGGCCCCAGCUACCCCUUCCCUAAGCAGCAGUACUCCUCGUAG